GAGUGUAGAGCACACGUUUACCGAGCACUGAGCUGUGUUCUUCUCCACGGGAUGGACGAGUAAGUGAUCCCACCCUCAGAAAGUCACGAAGAAGGAAAAAAACUAGUUCAGUGGGGAUGAAUGGUGGACCGGUGAGUGUGGGGGGCCGGAUGCGCCACGAGCGCGCAGCGUGAAGGCGGAGGAGAGCGCUAAGAGAAAGGGCGAGCGAGAGGGAGAGAGAGAGACUGUCCAAAGGUUAACGGCGUGGAAGCGGCGCUCCGGUCCUCUGGCGGGAUGUGAGAUGAACUCGCGGCAGAAUGGCCCCGUAUCCCCCAUGGCUCUGUGAGGAAUGGCAGCUUUUCACCGCCUCCAUCAUCCACACGCGGACCUGCGGCGGCUUUUCCACCGACUCACCGUCGCGUCCUCUCUGAGCAUCCUCUGCUUCUCCCUCGCGUACCUCCUCACCGGAUGCUGCGAGUCGCAGCUGGCCGACGGCUCCGAGGCGAAGACGCCCGCGCGCGACUCGGCGGCGUUCGGGUCGGCAUGGCCGUACGACCGGAACGCCACCGGCGGCGCCCCGGAGGGCACGAGCGGCGCCGGGGAGGGCGCGUUGGGCGCGCGCGCCGGCCCGGAGGCGAACGGCUCGGGGAAAGAAUGGACGGCCACCCGGAGGCUGCCCCAGGCUCUGAUCAUAGGCGUGAAAAAGGGGGGAACCAGGGCUCUGCUGGAGUUUCUGCGCCUCCACCCGGACAUCCGCGCGCUCGGGUCGGAGCCGCACUUCUUCGACCGGCAUUACGCACGGGGAUUGGAUUGGUACAGAAGUAUGAUGCCCAAGGCCCUGGACGGCCAGAUCGUGAUGGAGAAGACGCCGCGCUACUUCGUUACCGUGGAAACGCCCCAGCGGGUCCACGCCAUGUCGCGGGACGUGAAGCUGAUCGUGGUCGUCCGCGACCCCGUGACCCGAGCCAUAUCUGACUACACGCAGAUCAUCUCCAAGACGCCCGACAUCCCCGCGUUCGAGAGCCUCGCCUUCAAGAACCGCACCACGGGUCAGAUCGACUCCCUGUGGAGCCCGCUGUGGAUCGGCCUGUACGCCCAGCACCUGGAGCGCUGGCUGGCCUGGUUCCCCAGGAGCCAGAUCCAUCUGGUCAGCGGCGAGAGGCUCAUCUCCGACCCGGCUGGAGAACUGGGCCGGGUCCAGGACUUCCUGGGCCUCCAGAGGAUCAUCACGGACAAGCACUUCUACUUCAACAAGACGAAGGGCUUCCCGUGCCUGAAGAAGCCGGAGGGCAGCAGCAAGCCCCACUGCCUGGGCAAGACCAAGGGGAGGACGCACGCCUCCAUCGACCCCGCGGUGAUGCGGCGGCUGAGGGACUUCUACAGGCCGCACAACCAGCGCUUCUACCGCAUGACGGGUCAGGACUUCGGGUGGCAGUGAUCCUGUCUGUACGACGGGAGCCAGCGUGCUUCCUCUUCCUCCUCGGUCCCGCUGGUUAAGAAUUCAACGGCAAUCAGUGCAUACAUAUUGAGUAACAUCCUCUACGCGUUGUUCUCGAAAAAGAGCGGGAUGAAUCUUUUAUGCGGCAAGCAGCGCAGGGGCGGCCGGGAGAGUCUUUACACGAGCUCAGGUUUGACUGAGUGGUUUUGUAUCCUUGAAUAAUGAAUGUGGAUAAAUGGAUGGAGGGGAAGGGGGGGGCGUGGAUCGCUCGCCGCUCGGCCUCUCGGCCCGCUCGGCUUGAGUUAGCGCCGCGCCUGCGGAACCGCACCGGGGUUCUGUGAGCAAAGUGAAGGAACCACUGGAGGACGACCAAGCGAGCGGAAGCGGGCCGACCCGUCAGGAAGCUGUGAAAGGCCUGUUUACAGGGUUGGCAUUUUUCAGUUUGCAUGUAUUUGCACUAAUUUAACUGCAUUCGACAUAAAAAACUAUUUUUUAAGCAA